AUGGAGAAGCUGGGCGCCGGGACAUCGAAAAACCAGGGUUCUAAAGCAGAAAAAACUACCAGUCGAUCACCACGUCAGCGUUCAAGACAAGCUCGGAUGUCUACAGGGCCAGGAGACACUGAUCAAGCAGCUACAGCUUCAUCGUCAAUUCGUAAACGUCAUUCGCCUAAUUCAGGUUCCAAUAUAUCACGACGCGAGUUGGAGUCUUCCAAUGCCCCCGCGGCUUCGUCCGCUGUUCAAAGUGCUCUUCACUCAAAACAGAGAAGAAUUAUUUCUGGAUCUAAUCAUUCUAACAAAAUUGAAGAAACCGACUCUAGUGUUGGCAGAGAACUGCGUUAUUUAACUGAUUUCUUCCCUGAUCAAGUCGACAAUGGAAGAAUUACUCGCUCAAAAGCCAGAGGAGGCAUUACACCACCCAGCACUUCUGAUCAAAUUACGCCUGGAACAGUUAUGGCAACUCUUCUUGAAGAAUCAAACAAUACAGUUGAGGGAACAUCAAAUGAAAGUGCUUCGAAGCAUAAAAUUAGGAUACGGCGUGCUAUGCGUCCUUCGGAGAGAGAGACUGCAUCAGCCAUUUCUGAGCCUGAUAGCUCUUUUAAUUUAAUUUCUUUGCCUCUUCCCACCACCAUGCCCCCUCUUCAUCCACCAGAAGUCGCAUUAAGUAAUUUGGAUCCUCGAAUUUUCCCAAGCACGUCUUGGGAAGUUGAUAUAUCGAUCGAUGAUCCAGCGAAUUCUAGUCGUAAUAAUGCUAUAAGUGGUUCAUUAAUGGCUCCUCAGGUAACUAUGGCACCUCAUUACCUUCAUGCUCAUCCAAUGAUUAAUCAGAUACCCGUUAUCCAACCUACACAAAGUACAGUUCCUAUUGGCUUAAAUGGAAUGUUGUUUGAUCCCGUUUCAGCUUCUUCUACUCAUGUUAGAGCUAUCUCAAGGUCAGCAGCGUCACAAUUCAUUCAUGGUUUAGUACCAAGGAUGCAGCAUCUCUUAGGAAGCCACCGGGCUUUUCCUCAAGAUUCUCGUGUGACGAGUAUUAUGGAAGGAUUGCGAUCAGCCAAUGAGCUGAGACAAGCUGAAGCAGCCAGCGAAUUGGCUGAAUGGCUUCUGAUGGCAAAUGAGGAUAAUUUGCCUAGUCAUCUCCCCGUUAGGGAAAUAACACAUUCACUGAUUCAAUUGCUGCAAAAAGAACAUAACUUUGAGCUGAUGUUAACGGCUGCUCGGUGUCUGAGAAAUCUUCUUGAAGCUGUUCCAAGAGCUCAGCCGAUAGUUGUUGAUGCUGUCCCAUUUUUGCUUGAAAAAUUAAAACGGAUAGAAUGUGUAGAUGUGGCUGAACAAGCACUCACCGCAUUAGAAGAGCUUUCAAAACGCAACUCUAAGACAAUACUGGCAGCUGGUGGAAUAGCAGCUUGCAUUUCACAUGUUGAUUUCUUCUCAUUAGCCUCACAAAGGCUUGCUUUCUCUAUCGCAUCGAAUUGUGCAAUGUAUUUAACGUCUACAGAUUUCCAUUUAGUCAGAGAUUCUUUAUCAGAUUUAACUGAAAGACUUUUAAUAGAAGACAAGCGAUGCCUUGAAAGUGUUUGUCAACUGUUUGCUAGACUAGUUGAGAACUUGCGAAAUCAUCCUGACAAGUUGAGGGAAAUAGCAGGCACCAAUUAUAGAUUGCUUGCUUUACUCCAACAACAUCUAGUAGCUCAGCCUUCUCAAUUGAGCUCUACUACUUUUUCUUCCAUUAUCAGAAUGUUAAGAACGUUUGCUUGCAAAUGUCCCGAUUUAGCGGCAGCACUAAUUCGUAUGGAUUACCAAGCUACAAUACGUUCCUUGUUUACCGGGAAUCAUGAAUCCCAAACAAUUGAUAUCAUAGAGAGACCUCCGAAUCAAUUCCAAGAUCUCGUGUUCUUAGUCGGGGAACUCUUUCCAAGAUUGCCCACAACUGGAAUGUUCGAUAUCGAUGCUAUUUUCUUCAAACAGUCGAUAGCAGAUGUUUUGUGGUAUUAUCAAGAUGAAGAUUCCCAAUGGCAACCAUAUAGACCUCAUGAAAACAAAUUGCUCGAAAUGGCCAAGUCCAGUGGAGCUGGUCAACAAGAGUUAGCCUUCGGAAAUUCCCUUUUCCGCGUUGAUCUCGUGAAAAUGACUCAAAAGAAUUUGAGCUCGGGAGGAGAAGAGAGACCUGUUCAACGAAGAUCAGUUUCUCCUGCAAAAGGUUCCAAGAAUUCUGAGAUGGACGGAAGAUUGCUCCUUUUGCGUUCAGAACCUGAUCUUUUCGAGCGAGUUGUUGCCUCUCUAUUCCCUGUUCUUGUAGCGAUUGAUGGAAGUUCGUCCGGCCCCGCUCUUAGAUUCGAAUGUCUUCGGGUCAUGCUACGGAUGAUAUGUCCGAUGUCAGCUAAUGUUCUCCGGGUUGUCCUAUCAGAUUUACCGCUGUCAGGUCACAUUGCUUCGGCAUUGGCCAGUCCGCGAAGCAAAGAUCUGUCAAUAGUAGUAGCUGCUUUGCAGAUGGUUCAUAUCUUAUUAGAGAAAAUGGAUGAUAUUUAUGCUCCUUUAUUCCGAAAGGAAGGUGUUGCUCAUGAAGUUCAAAAAUUGGCUGCUUUGCAACUUGAUCAUAAAAUUUUGGAGCAGGCGGAUGCGGUGUCUACGGCGAUUUCACAAGCGGACACCAUUCGGGUGACUAGAUCUAACAAAUCAAAAACAAGCGUUGCAACCAGCACUGAAGAAUCUAAGACAACUCGGGUGAGGAACAAGUCAACUGCUUCAUCUACGAACGAAGAGCAAAGCAGUAAAGAUAGCAAAGAGCCUGCUAGCAAUAGUCGUCAUAGAAAACGAACUAGUCCCGACGGAAGCCCUGCUGUGAAAAAAGAGAAGGAGGCUCGUCGAAAGUCAUCUGGUAUUUUUAAUGCAUUGAGAAUUCCGGGAAUCGGUGGGCUUCGACAGUCAUCUGCGUCGAAUAGUCCAUCAUCAUCCAACGCUUCUCCCAAUCCUGCUAACUAUCAAGCUACACCUUCAGCUACAUCGCAGUCAUCGAGUGCUGCAGCUCAAGUUGCAACCCCUGUCACGAGCAGCACCACCACAAAUAGUCGAAAAAAUGCGUCACAUUCCGGUAAUAUGCCAGUUACCUCAACAGCCCCAGCAACUUCGGCUGCGUCUAAUCCCAUGGGAUUUGUAAUUAAAGAGAGGCUGAGGGCGUGGAUAAAGAAAGAGGCUGAACGUCUUUUGAAAACAUAUUUGUCAGAAAUUGGAACCAGUGGUCAGGUAAUUGAUUGUUUAUCCUGGGUCGCUGAGCAAUUGGAGAAACGUAAUGAAGAUGUAGGAACAUCUCCCAUUAAUCAAUUGUAUUCACUCCUCGAAAAGGAUCCUGUGAGUGCCUUUGAAAUGAAUCAUUCUGGGGUAAUCUCUGCUCUACACAAUUAUUUGGUUUCGGAAGAUAGUGACAUACUCCCACCAAGGAAGUUGAGACUGAAACGUUUUGCUGCUGUUUUCAUGCAUUUAACCGCUGACAAUUUACGACCAGCUGGAGAAGGAGGCACUUUUGCGGUUUUCGAAUCGUUAAUUUCUAAAACAUUAGCUUCUGUGGGUCAAAUGGAACAGUUCCAAGUAAAGGUUAAUGAUAUGGGUGGAAUAGCAACAGGUACAAGUGGAUGCUUGAGAGGAGCUCAAGCAUUACGAUUUUUCCAAAGUCAUCAGAUAAAAUGUUGCUUGCGACGCCAUCCUAGUUGUAGAGAGCUAAGGGAUUACCAUCGACAUGGUGGAAGUACCAUAAAGGUUGAUCCAUUCACUUCUAUUUCCGCUAUUGAAAGAUACUUGAUCGAUAAGGGUAUUGGAAGGGUACGAGCAUGUGAAGAAUCUAGUGGGGAUGAUAUCAGUGAUGAUGAAGACCCCGUACUUGCUGCCCACUCCGCAAACGAUGACAGGAAAAUUGAAAUCAUGUUGGGGGACUUUCCGUUGCCAAGUCAUAUGAGCAUUCUUCAAGCUUUACGACAGUAUGCCAUUAAUAAUGGAGAAGAGAGUAGUUCAAUCGGAAACAGUUUAUGGAUUUCCACACAUGUGCUCUUAUAUAGAUUGGCAGAGAAUAAUGGGACAGUAGUUACAAAUACAACAUCUACUUCCAACAAUUCUGAUAAGAAAGAUAAAAAGCAUAAAAUUAGUGACAAAUUAUGGAAUGAUGGUGAUGUUGAGUCUGGUGAACCUCCUCUGUGGAAUUAUAUGGAGAAAAAUCUUCCACGUGCAAUUGAUGAUCCUUGUGUAACUUCUCUGCUCUUAUUAAGGUCUUUGUACGGGUUAAAUAGGCAUUGGAGUAAUCUUUUCGAAGAGGAAAUUGUUUUGCCUACGUCAUUUUCACAGUUGUUAAGCUCAUCAGCUUUUCAUUCUGCGAAAUUAUCUGCUAAGCUUCAAAGACAAUUGUCAGAUUUCAUAUCUGUUGCCACCCAACAGCUUCCGUGCUGGACUACUGAUCUCGUUAAAGUUGUACCCUUCCUGUUUCCUUUCUCUCUCAGAAGAUCUCUCUUGUAUUGCACGGCGUUUGGAAGAGAACGUGCACUAAUGCAUCUUGUAUCGCAAACUGAAGGUGCCCAAGGUGAAGGCGAAGCUGGUAGAUCUACUCCAAGGCUUGAGCGUAGAAAAAUAACAGUGAAAAGAGAUGAUAUUCUAAAAUCAGCGGAGACCGCACUUGCUAAUAAUGCCAGCGCAAGAGCAAUGCUGGAAGUUAGUUUUGAGAAUGAAGCUGGUUCUGGUUUCGGACCGACAUUAGAGUUUUAUUCCAUCGUUUCAAAAGAAAUACAAAACUCUGUGCACAAGUUAUGGCAUGGAGCAACUCAAAUUGAAGAGAUGGAAGGUGGAGAAAAAGUUGAAUACUCUGUGUCUGGUCAUGGUCUUUAUCCCUCAGCUUGCUCUCACUCUCACCGAAGAGAGAGUGGUAGAAUUAAGAAGUUCGAAACUCUCGGACGGCUUAUGGGCCAAGCUCUAGUUGAUUGUCGUAUGUUAGACCUGCCUUUGUCUCCUGUCUUUUUGAACUGGCUAGUUGAAGACCCCAUUCAAAUGGGUUUGCAGGAGAUGGAAAUACUAGAUCCAAAUAUGUACAACUCUUUACGCCAGCUGACGCUCUGUAAAAAUGAAGAUUUUGAACAUUUAGAACAGUAUUUUACUAUGCCUGGUAAUGAAUCUUUUGAAUUAAUGAAGAAUGGAAGGAAUGCUGCUGUUUCUAAUGAUAAUGUACAUAAAUUUGUAAAGCUUGUCAGUUGGUGGCGAUUAGCAGAAGGUGUUUGGAGAGAAAUGGAAGCCGUUAAACGAGGGUUUUCACAAGUUAUUGAUCCAUCACAUUUGAAUCUUUUCAUGCCUGAAGAGUUAGAUCAGCUUUUCUGUGGUUGCUCAGAUAGUUCAGAGAAAGUUUGGAACGAGCUGAUAAUCGCUCAGUCUAUCAAGCCAGAUCACGGUUAUACUCAUGAUUCGGAGCAAAUUCGAUGGCUUGUAACUAUGCUGGCUUCGUUUGAUCACUCUGAUCAGCGUCGUUUUGUCCAGUUUGUUACAGGAAGUCCACGGCUUCCUAUCGGAGGGUUCCGCGCUUUGAAUCCCCCGCUGACGGUUGUUCGUAAAACUGCAACUUACGGAUCGGGAGAUGAUGAAUUACCGUCAGCAAUGACAUGCUAUAACUACCUUAAGAUACCUGCCUACUCCAGUUAUGAAAUCUUCCGUGAACGAUUCUCGGUUGCAUUGAAGUUUAUAUACUCGUUCCACCUCACUUAG